AUGGCGCAGACGGCGGCAGGGCACGCCGUGCACCAGCUUCUGCUCUCAGUCCGUGCGCUGCUCGACGCGCUUCGUCAGUGGAGCGAGGAGCGCAUGGACGAGACGCAGGUGAGCGACGCCUACGUGAACUUUGGCAACAACUUCAACACGACGAUUACCGAGUUUCGCGCUCUGCGGAUCGAUAUGGAUGACCUGCUCAAAAUACCAGAUGAGCUGCGCUCCUCCCUUGAGAACUGUCUGGCUGAGGAUCAGACCCCGCGCACGCUCGACGUCUACCUACCGCCCGUGAACAAGACGAUGAAGAAGCUGUUGCAAGGGCUCGCAGAUCGCCAGCAUAUGUACCGACAGGUUAUGCCCCAGGCGCGCCGAUGGUCCUGA